UCAUCACAUCAAAUGGCUACUGCAAAGGAGUCCUGGCCCCCAUAUAUAGAGGCCCCUCCCUUCAAUUGUUUCCAUUCAAGCUUAGCCACAUUCGUCUUCAGUUAAAGCGCUUUCAUGGAGUUUUACCUCCUUCCCCUUCUGGCAUUUCUCUCUCCAUGCUUCUCUGCGAUCUGAGCUUUACUGGCCCUUGGUAUUGCCAAACACUCCCAAACCAAAGUUUUCUAACGCUAACAGCGGGUGAUUCCGAUCUACCUUCUGAAAUUUACUGGAAUUCCGUGCUUCCAAACACUCCGAUGCCUCAAGCUGUGAAGAAUAGCCUACGCCCAGGGACUGAUAUAGGCGUCAGCAAAGGAGGAGUGUCUGUGAGCACAGGCCACGAGGAAAAGCCUGGGUAUGUUGGAGUAACGAAAGCGAAAAAACCUAUUUUCUUUUACAGGUAUGCUGCUACUGAAGAUCAACUUCAUGCUCAUCCAAGCGUGGCUCUAUUCUUCUUGGAAAAGGACAUGCGUCUUGGCACAAAGAUGAACUUGGACUUCAUGAAAAAUACAAACGAAGCCACCUUCUUACCUCACCAAGUUGCCACUUCAAUACCCUUCUCAUCAGACAAGUUGCCCGAAAUUUUGGACCAAUUAUCUGUGAAACCAGAAUCAGUAGAAGCUGAGACAAUCAAGAAUACUAUUAUAGAUUGUGAUAGACCUGGAAUUAAAGGAGAGGAAAAGUAUUGUGCAACCUCAUUAGAAUCCAUGAUUGAUUUCAGCACCUCAAAGCUGGGGAAUAAGGGUGUUAAGGCAGUUUCCACAGAGGUAGAAAACAAGUCCCAGACGCUGUACAGAAUUGCAGCUGGUGUGGAGAAGAUGGGAGGUGACGUUUCUGUGGUGUGCCAUAAAAUGGAGUAUGCAUAUGCAGUGUUUUACUGUCACAAGAUCGCUGCCACAAGGGCUUAUAUGGUUCCCCUGGUGGGCAGGGAUGGGGCAAAAGCGAAAGCAGUUGCAUUGUGUCACACAAAUACAAAGGAAUGGAACCCCAAGCAUUUGGCCUUUCAACUGCUCAAAGUCAAGCCAGGAGUUCCCAUCUGCCAUUUCCUUACUCAGGAUCAGAUCAUCUGGGUGGUUUCAAAAUAGAAAUGCAGGGGCAAUAAAUAAAUAAAGAAAAUAAUCCAUCUUUAGUACCUCGAUCGGUAAUGUAAUGAACUUAUGAGUUAUGAGUUGUUUGCUGCCACCCUCGCCCUAAUGUAUUAUGUUUGUAUGUAACUAUGUAUGCGUGUGGGAUAUUGUAUAUAUGAUCUGGUGUGCUUUGGAACAAGGGACAUGCAUGGAGCCCAGUGUUUAUAAAAUAAUUAAUCAAGUUGGAUGGAA